UUUCUUCGACUCGCUGUAGUAAUUCCAGCCGGAGAGGCCGAGCGAGCGAGCGAGCGGGGCGGGCCUGCGAGGGUGGAAGAGCGAAGCUUGCGGAGCCCAGCGGAGACGCGCUGCGGGCGCGCAGAGACGGGGGAGCGCAGCGAAAGGGGAGCCUCCUCGGUCCCCGGCCCUGCCGCCGCCUCUCCCCAGCCCACCCUCCUCGCGACCCCCGCCGCAUCCCAGAAACUUUGCCCAUUGCCGCGGACCGGCACUUUUGCACUGGAACUUACAAAACCCGAUCGAGAACAAGGCUGCGGCGAAGCCGCCUUUCCCACUCGGAGAGACUCUUCUGCCCAUUUAAGAGGACACUUUCCCCGGCGACUGCCCACUCCUCUCAAAGGCGCUUCUUCUCCGCUUUUUUGGGGGGAGGGGGGAGACGUUGGAUUUCCUUCGGAUAGUGGAAAACCCGGCUGCCGCGAUGCCGCUCAACGUCAGCUUUGCUAGCAGAAACUAUGACCUCGACUACGACUCGGUGCAGCCCUAUUUCUACUGCGACGAGGAGGAGAACUUCUACCAGCAGCAGCAGCAGAGCGAGCUGCAGCCGCCCGCGCCCAGCGAGGAUAUCUGGAAGAAAUUCGAGCUGCUGCCCACCCCGCCCCUGUCCCCCAGCCGCCGCUCGGGGCUCUGCUCGCCCUCCUACUUCGCCGUCGCGUCCUUCUCCCCACGGGGGGACGAUGACGGCGGCGGCGGCAGCUUCUCCACCGCCGACCAGCUGGAGAUGGUGACCGAGCUGUUGGGGGGGGACAUGGUGAACCAGAGCUUCAUCUGCGACCCCGACGACGAGACGUUCAUCAAGAACAUCAUCAUCCAGGACUGCAUGUGGAGCGGCUUCUCGGCCGCCGCCAAGCUCGUCUCCGAGAAGCUGGCGUCCUACCAGGCUGCGCGCAAAGACAGCGGCAGCCCCAGCCCCGCCCGCGCCCACGGCGGCUGCUCCACCUCCAGCUUGUACCUGCAGGACAUGAGCGCCGCCGCCUCCGAGUGCAUCGACCCCUCCGUGGUCUUCCCCUACCCGCUCAACGACAACAACUCGCCCAAGUCCUGCUCCUCGCCCGACUCCAGCGCCUUCUCCCCGUGCUCGGACUCUCUGCUGUCCUCUGCCGAGUCGUCCCCGCAGGCCAGCCCGCAGCCCCUGGUGCUCCAUGAGGACACCCCACCCACCACCAGCAGCGACUCGGAGGAAGAACAAGAAGAUGAGGAAGAAAUCGAUGUUGUUUCCGUGGAAAAGAGGCAGCCCCCCCGAAGGUCAGAAUCGGGGUCCCCAUCUGCAGGCAGCCACAGCAAACCUCCUCACAGCCCGCUCGUCCUUAAGAGGUGCCAUGUGUCCACCCAUCAGCACAAUUACGCAGCGCCCCCCUCGACCAGGAAGGACUAUCCAGCCGCCAAGAGGGCUAAGUUGGACAGUGGCAGAGUUCUGAAACAGAUCAGCAAUAACCGCAAAUGCACCAGCCCCAGGUCCUCAGACACAGAGGAGAAUGACAAGAGGCGGACACACAACGUCUUGGAACGCCAGAGGAGGAAUGAGUUGAAAAGGAGCUUUUUUGCCCUGCGCGACCAGAUCCCAGAGUUGGAAAACAAUGAGAAGGCCCCUAAGGUCGUUAUCCUCAAAAAAGCGACCACCUAUAUCCAGUCGGUCCAAAUAGAAGAGCAGAAGCUCAUUUCUGAGAAGGACUUGUUACGGAAGCGGCGGGAACAGUUGAAACAUAAACUUGAACAACUACGGAACUCUUGUGCAUGAGGUGACCUAUUGGAGGGAGGAACUGGAACCACCAGUGAACUCUCACUUGUUACUAAGGGAAAGUAAGGGGGAAGGUUCCUUCUGACAGAACUGCCAGAUCCACUAUGGACUGACUUUCUUUCAAAAUGCAUGAUGGUCAAGUGCAACCUCACAACCGUGGCUGGGUCUUAGGACUGAAAGGUUUAGCCAUAAUGUAAACUGCCUCAACUGGGACUUUGGGCAUAAAAGAACUUUUUUUUAUGCUUGCCAUUUUUUUUCUUUUCACAGAUUUGUAUUUAAGAAUUGUUUUUAAAAAAAAAUUCUGUGUAAAUAUGACCAUUAAAUGUAAAUAACUUUAAUAAAACGUUUAUAACAGGUA